AUGUUUUCAGCGACCGUUAAAGUUUCAAGGUUUCAAUUUAAAUUUUACUUAGCGUUAUCCGCGAAAAGAUUUUACAAAGGACAAAAAUUUAGCUUUUGCCCGCCGGAAUUCGAGAGUAAAAGUUGUAAAUUUUUUAAAAAAACCGUUAAAAACAUUUUCGGUAAAUAUCUUUUUUUAACAAACACAAUAAGUUCUGGAGUAUUGAUGUCGCUCGGAGAUUUAUUGCAACAAGAAAUUGAAUACAUAAACGAUAACGAACACACGGAUUCGUUCGACUGGAAAAGAAACCUUCACAUGGGAAUAAUAGGUACCGUUUUGGGACCCAUAUCGCAUUAUUUUUACUUGAUACUCGAUAAAUUCAUACCUGGAACGGAUUUGUCGUCGAUCACGAAGAAAAUUUUCCUCGAUCAAAGUUUGGCUUCCCCCAUAUCCAUCGUUAUUUUUUUCUUAGGUUUGAAUUUUUUAAACGACGAAGAUUUCGAAACGUCCAAAUCCGAAUUGGAAAAAAAAUUUUUACUCAUAUACGUCGCUGAUUGCGUCCUGUGGAUUCCGUUCCAGUUUUUCAAUUUUUGUUGUCUCGCCUCAGAAUUUAGAGUCAUUUACAUAAACGCUCUCACAAUGUGUUACAAUAUUUUUUUAUCGUUCAUGAAAUAUUCUUAA